UUGCCUCCGCCCAUCCCACCCGGUGACCUUGAACUCGUUUCGGUUACGGAGGACAACGCCCAGUUGUCAUGGCACCCACCUCGGCCUGUAGCGCCACCCGACGACACCGGGUCUGGCGAACAAAUCAACUAUCGUGUCGAGAUUAAGCCGGAAAAUUCACCCAGGCAAGUGAAAAAGAGGCCAAAAGUUGGGGGUUCUCACGUGUAAAAAUUCUCUGUGAUGACAGAGGAGCCAAGGAUUUCAUUCGAGGAGCUACGUCCAAAUACGCUCUACGAGAUUUCCGUUUACUCCUACCGACCCGCCGACGGGCUAGCCUCAUUGACAGCCAAGCAUAUCCAAGUUACCACGAAAGCGGAAGUUUAUCGACUGCCGAUGGUGGCCAAUCCGAAAGCCGAAUCGACAGACUUUGCCACCCUCAAAGUCUCCUGGGAGCUGCCGCAUGUUGAGCGGUCAGAAAAGCCGGAGGCACAAAUAGCGUACUACAGAAUCAUGUUGUACAACUUGGCAGCCGAAGGUACUCCACACUCCCGUCGAUGGGUGCCCUACAAGGUCCCUGGCGGGGCGCGAGUUACCGCCUACACGAUUUCAAAUCUCCAGCCCGAUUCCUUCUACAAAAUCCGCAUUUUCGCAGUCUCGGCCAUUGGCGUGGACGGCCACCCAGCCACGAUCAGUUCCUCGCCCAGAAUCAUCUCCAGACCACCAUCUGGGGCACCUCUUGAGGUGGUGCUGUCUGACGUGGGAGCGUUGACAGCGGCCUUCACGUGGUUGCCUCCACAUGAGAGCGAACGGAACGGAGAGAUCGUGGCGUAUCAAUUGGAGUUCAAUUCGCCCGAGUGGCUUGCUCCUCGUGAGCUCACUGUUGCGGAUUCACUUAACUACACCAUCACCGGAUUAAACCCAAUGACGAACUACACCCUGACUAUCGCCGCCGCAACCCGUGCGGGCAUUGGACCGAAAUCGUCGCCUCUGCUUUUCACAACGGCCUUGAAAACCAGUCAGAUAGACAAGGAGGUGCAGGAGCCUAGGGAAGAUUCGUUUGACCAUCCUGGUUUUGUUGACUCCGGAGUGGCAACCCUCCCCCCACUGAAGGUGCACAAUCUGCGGUACGUGGCACAGGAGCGAAACAUCCUUCUGCUCUGGUCAAUUCCGCCCAUAUCUGCAUCGCCGCAUCGUUUCAAGGGCUGCAUCGUACGCUGGGGCCUCAUCUACCCUGGACCAAAUAAGGCUGAAGUGAACUUGGAGAAGCGAGCAUUCUCCAUCGAACCACUUGAGCCUUCAACAACCUACAUGAUCUCCGUUGCCUUGCUAACCGAUGACGGAGAGGGUCCGGUUGAAAUUAUAACCGCCCAAACUAAACCUGUUUCCAGUGCGAAGGAUUCGUUAAUUCCCCUGAAUGUGCGGGUUCUAUCGGUGGGCACAGAUUGGGCCAUAAUGGCCUGGGACUCGCCCACCUGCUCUGCUCUUGAAGACGAAUUCGAGGCAAGUCGUGCCAGCAGUCGGAGAACCACACAGCGGGCCUCGCCCUGUGCCAGUGGAACAUUCCCUCUCACCUACCAACUGCGAUAUGACAUCAUUGACCCUAAGGAGGCGGCAAACGUAGCUUUCGCUAACUGUCCCGACGAUUCCAGGAAGACGGCUUCCGAGGUGAGGGUAAACGUGACCUGGGUGCGUUUGGAGCACCUGAAAGCGGGAAGUCGCUACGUGGCAUGUGUUCGCGCCAUCACCUCUGACCCCUCGUCGGCGUCUUCGGCAAAAACUCGCAUAGGCGAUUGGAGCUUCGUGCAGAUUUUUGAAACCCAAGAACCAGAAUCACCGCCAGCGGACCCGCAAGCACAAGGUGAAAGCACUUUGAGUCUUGUGAACCAGUCCUCGAAUGAAACAACGCCAAAACCGGAGAAGCCUUCACUAAAUUUCAACUCCUCGUUUGUCGAGGGGCCAAGGUCAUCGGGCCUACUUGGUGGCGGCAAUUCCGAUAUCUGGUUGGCUCUGGCCGCCAUCAUGGUGACCACUAUUGUCCUAAUGAUCAUCGUUAUUGUGGUGGUGUGCUGGGCCAAACGCAGUCCCAUAAUGGUUGUUGGCUAUAAACCAGAACAACAUGGAGGUGGGGGAGGAAGUCUAGCUGAGGCCAGCGUGAACCUCUUGAGUUCCUCAAAAGGCCAGAGGAUGGGAGGUGGGGAGGCCGUUGGGGAGAAAAUCACCCUCCAGAAGUUUUCCACUUCAAAGGCGCCUGAAAAUCAACUUGUCGAUUUCACUGCCAAGAGUCAAGCUUGUCUCGGAGGAUGUGACGAUCCAGAUCCGCCACCUGAUCUGCUUGUUGGGGUAAUCGGGACAUCGAGGUGCACAGUCCUUUCUUUACCGACACCGGGUAUAGACUUUACGUGUCACCUCUACAAGGCAUCUAUUCCACUUGCAGUAGAUUCUUCUACCGACGACUUUCUCGUCCCGAGUUUGAGGUUUUUUCCCCUGAAAGUCGCGGAAACGUGGACAAUGGACAGUGACUCGAUGCAGAUAGCAGUGCCGGCGUCCCGUGCUGCCGUGGGCCCCCCUGUCAUGGGGGUCCGAUCAGCAGUCGAUCCAAUGGGAGGAGGAGGUGGAGGAGGAGGCAGCGAUGCCGCGAGUCGAGGCGCAACUGGCAGCAGUGCCAGCUCCGCUGUUUCCCUUCUUCCUCCUACGGUCGGUGGCAAGCCGAAUCCCUCCUUCGUGAGCCCUACCGGUAACCCCCUGAUUAAUCCGGGCCCAAAUGUGCCGGCCUACAGCAUGUACCCCUCCGCUCAACCACAGCUGGGCACAUUCGCCCAAACCUACUACCACCAGCACCAGCCACCCUUGCAGAACAGCGCCAUCUACCCCACACCAACCACGGGAGGCUACAUUAGGGGAGUCGCCAACCUUCCCCCCGUUCCCCCACCGCCUCCGUUUCCCCCACCAUCAGCAGCUGGAACCAUGAUUACCCCCAGCAACAUCGGUGGACCGCGGAUUGAUCUUCGGGCUGGGGAAAAUGAUGGAACAUAUCUACAAUAUCCUGUUCUACCAAUUUACCGAGGUCACAUGGCUGUAAACGCUCCCUGCGUGAAUGCCUCGGACCUCAUUUCAGACAGCAGUUCAGGUAAGCAGAUCAGCGUCCUCAUCCUUUCGUAA